GGGAAACGGUACACACGUGUUUUCGUGCAGAUUUGAAGGUUACAGAAGCAGCGGGUAACGCUCCUUGCUUGCGGUCCGGAGGAGAGGCUCAGCGGGACGGCGUGUUUACGGUUCGAAGCCCGGUGUGAGCAUCACUGAAGCGGAGUCAUGGAUCCCAUGAAGGCGCAGCAGCUGGCGGCGGAGCUGGAGGUGGAGAUGAUGGCUGACAUGUACAACCGGAUGACCAACGCCUGCCACAGGAAGUGCGUGCCGCCACAUUACAAGGAGGCAGAGCUGACGAAGGGUGAAUCAGUCUGCCUGGACCGCUGCGUGGCCAAAUAUCUGGACCUUCACGAGAGGCUAGGACGCAAGCUGACGGAGCUUUCCGUCCAGGAUGAGGAAAUGAUGAGGAAGGCGGCUGUGGGGAGUGGAUAGACGCUGAUGAAGAAAACAAAGAGGAGGAUUGUGGGGGAUCACGAGGUCACGGGAUGGGAUUAGCAUGUGAGACUUCAAACAGUGAAAGACUUGUGUUUUAAUUAGAGGGUGAGAAAUUUAAUAAAAAGUGUGAAAUUAAUGCUGUUGAGGGUCCACUGAGAGAAACUGCCUCUUCUUCAGCAACUUGGUGGAUCAGCAGCAUCAGGACAUCUUGACACUGCUCACAGUGGACCAGCAGCCUCUCUGGGUCUCUUACACUUUCUGGACGUUCAGCCUGGACUCUGGAAGCCACCGGAAAAUCUGACUGAGGCUUUUCUCAGCGCUUCACGGGAAACAUUUUGACAUGUCUACAGGUUCAGCAAUCAGAGUGCCGCUGACGUUUAACAGCAGUGCAGAAACGUACAAAUCAGAUGCUCGGUUACAUGUGGCAGGUUCAAAAAAAUGCAAAGAAUGAUUCGAAUUUAAUCCUUAUGUCAAGUCACCCUUUGACCUGGGGUGAGAUUCUUCCUGUUUGGUUUUGUAAGGCACUGAAAUUAAACCCAGAACCUCUCUGUAAAGCUGCAGCCCGACCCGACUUCAUUCACAGUAAUGCAGACAUGUCACCUUAGUAUAUAGUGAAUCAGUUACAUGGGUCAGGGCAUGCACAGCAUUCAUUAUGGGCUGAGCCAAAAUGUCUUUUUGAAUUAUGCAUGGUUUACUCUUUGACCCUGGUUGGUUCAUUGUUGUCUUUAACAGCUCAGAUAAAGAAGGCCUGAACUUUGCUCAUUCUGUCAUGCUUGUGUAGACCGUGUUGUGUUGUAUGUCAGUGGACCAUGUUUUAGUGUGUGUGGGUUUUUUUUUUCUUUUUUUCAUGUUCAAACCACAGUGACACAGCUUUUUAUCUGCAUUGCAGAGAAGCUGCACAGUGUGCUGUUAAUGACUAAUAAAAUAAUGUCAUCGUUUA